UUGCCACAAAACUAACAUUCGAGUUAAAUUUAAAAAAUCGGGGAACUGUAUUUAGGGAUCGAAGACGUCGUAUUAUAUCGCAUCCUACAAUUUUUCUUUUGAAUGAGUAUAAUUAUUAUUAUUAUAAUUAUCUGAAUAUUUCCACCACUAUUUGCCACAGAACACAGCAGUUUACCAUUCAAAUUUCAAAUUGCCAACGGUCGUAGUCGGAAGUCGUCAAUAUUUAAACACAGACUAAUGGGGAUCAAAAAUUUGUGGACGAUUUUAACUCCUUUCUGCGACAGGAAACCUUUAUACGAGUUGCAGGGCAAAACGGUGGCCGUGGAUUUAUCCUGCUGGAUCUGCGAGGCGCAAAACAUCGCGGAAUACCAAGUACAACCCAGAAUGUAUUUAAGAAACUUGUAUUUUCGGACUUGUUUCCUACUACUAAUGGACGUGAGCCCCGUGUUUGUUCUGGAAGGCAAGGCUCCGGAACUAAAAUACGACACUAUAGCUGCUCGGAAUGCGAUACAAUUUAAGGGAGCCAAGCCAAAAACAGAUGGCGUGAAAACCGGCAAGGACAGGAGUAGGUUUCAUUUUGUUCUCAAACAGUGCGAGCAAAUGUUGAAAUUGCUGGGGGUCGCUUGCAUUAAAGGCAAUGGCGAGGCUGAAAGUUUAUGCGCCUACUUGAAUGAAGACGGGCUCGUUGACGGGUGCAUUAGCCAAGAUUCUGAUUGUUUUGCGUACGGGGCGCGAGUCGUUUACAGGAACUUUUCUAUAUCAGCCCAAGGUGGUAACGCGGCCAGUGGCGGUGCAGUGGAUAUUUAUGAUAUUGGGAAAGCUUUCGAGGGUCUCAAGCUGGGAAGGAACAAGAUCGUGGCUAUGGCAUUGCUAGUAGGUUCGGACUAUUCAGACGGGGUCCGUGGCGUCGGUAAAGAUUCUGUUAUGAAGUUUUUCGAGACAGUGUCGGAUGAUGAGGUGCUGGACAGAUUGAGAUCUUGGAGGGACGACGAACUUACUUAUGCAAAAUAUGAGAGAAGAUUGAACGAUAAGAACAUUUGUACCUCCUGCGGCCACGGGGGUAAAGUGCAGGGUCACAGCAAAAAUGGAUGCAAAUCGUGCGGGACUACUAGGGGCUGCGACCCUUUCAAAUACAAAGAGGAACGGUCGAAAAUGAAAAACGAGGUUGCCAUUCGCACCAAAGCCAUGCAGGUCCCCAAUUUUCCGGACGAAGCGCUCAUAGAGGAGUACCUCGCGCGCAAGGACAACGUGUCCGCUUUAAACUUAAAGUGGACACGUCCCGACGUCGCCAACUUUAUCACGUUCGCAAUCAAAUUUCUGCAGUGGGAGGGGGUGUACGCUUUUGAUAAAAUCCUACCCGUCCUCACCAGAUGGCAGUGUCGCAAUCCCGACCUGCGCAACAUAAAAGGGACAGUGUUGCCUUCUAAAAUAAAAAAGGCGCGAAAUCCCAAGGGCGUUCCCAGUUACGAGGUCCUGUGGUCGGAUCCGGAGGGUCACUUCGAAGGCUUAAUCCCCCAGAAGCAACUGGACGCCGUCAAUACGGAGAAACUGUGGUCCACGGUGGAGCCUAAGGGUUUAAUGGAGCAGGCGUAUCCAGAACUCGUUCAGCAGUAUGAGCAGUCAAAAGUUAAGCCGAGAAAGACGGGCAAACGUAAAAAUAAAAAUGGCGACGACGUUAUGGUGAAAAAAACGAGAAAGCCAAGGGUUAAGAAGGGGCCCGUCGGAGAACUCGAAUUGAGUUUCAGUAAAAUGUCCGUCCGGGAGCCAAAAUUGAAAACGUUGGAAAGCUUUCUUAAGCGAGCUACCAACAACGCAUUUUCCACCCCCGUCAAGGGUUCCGGAGAAGUCCAGGUGCAAUUCGAUGUCGAUAAAGCACUUUCGACGCCUGUCAAAGUUUUCGAAGGAGUGCAGCCGACGUUCGAUCCCGAUAUGUCCGGUUUUGGCGACGAAGAUGAUCUCGAGGUGUCAGACAUCGUCGGAAACAUAGUUUCGAAGCGGAAAUUCGAUUGCGUCGAUCGGGUUAUCGAGAAAUAUGCCAGCGAGUUGGGGGAUCCGUCGGAUUGCCGCGCUGUACUCGACGGAGACGUUUGCGCUAUCAAUUCGUCCAGUUUCUUCAUGUCGAAUCCGGCAGAAGAGAACGAUCUGUUCGAGAGAACUUUCCAUGUUAAUUUGGACACGUCUAGCGGCGAUGAAACCGAAGAAUAUGAGGUGGACGAAAGACAAUUUGAAGGUGGAGAAAGUGAGGUUAAACUCAAUGGCAAUUGUAGCAGCGACGAUAGCUUUUGCGAGGAGAAAUACGUGCCUCUAUACCAACGAUUGCAAUUAAAAUGAUUGGAUUGUUUUAUGACAUUUUAAUUUACCCUUCUCCCCAAAUUCUGUGCAUACUUUACUGUCGCAUCAAAAGUGUAUCGUCGAAAACGUAAGUUUUUCCGAAGAUAUUGCGGUAAUACUGCUUCGAAAAAUAAUAACUGGCGUU